AUGGACGGAGCUCCUAGAGGUCGUGGCGCGAGAGGGCGCGGUGCUAGAGGUCGUGGCGGCAGAGUUGGCCGUGGCGGCAGAGCUGGUGGUAGAGCUGGAGGUCGAGCAGGCCGAGGUCGUGGUCGUGGACUUCCGGAGGAGUCGGGAGAGAGUGCGGCACCGAGUGUGCAUACUGCGUCGGUGACCCAGUCAGUUCCGUUGGCGGGUGAUGCCAGUGCGAGUGUUGGUAUGGGAGCGGGGGCUGCUCCGGGUGGGGGUGGCGCUCCGGCUCCGGGUCAUGAUGACUUAGUGGUGGGUUUGCUGACGCAGCUGUUGGCUCGUUUUCCGCCGGUGGUUCCACAGGGGGCUCCAGGAGUACCGCCAGUGGCAGAGGUGCAGCAUGUUGCUGCAGGCGUUGCGCAGCCGGAGGCUGUGGAUGCGGGUGUGACCAGUUAUUUGGAGUUUAUGGGCCACAUGCAGAAGAUUGGUACGCCUUUCUUCGAGGGUAGAGUUGGUCCAGAGGAGGCAGACGCGUGGCGUCAGAGAGUGGAGCGGAACUUUCAUUCGAUCCGUUGUCCGAUAGAGUACUGGGUGGAGUUAGCGGUCCACUAUUUGAGUGGCGAUGCUCAUUUGUGGUGGCAGGCCGCGGUGGGCCGGAGGGCAUUUUGGACUUGGGGCGACUUCCUUGUGGAGUUCAACGCCAAGUAUUUCCCGAGGCAGGCUCGUGAUCGUCUUCAGAUGCGGUUUAUGGGCAUUGAGCAGGGUUCGCGUUCUGUACGCGAGUAUGAUGAGGAGUUCAGCCGUCUGUUAGUGCAUGCGGGCUUUGGUAUGGAGUCUGAGCAUCAGUUGACGAACAGAUUUCUCGAGGGACUUCGCAAGAAUAUUCGGACUCUAUGCAGGAGUAGUAUGCACACUUCGAGGGCGAGUCUGGUAGAGUUGGCCGCGUCGGUUGAGGCGGAUCUUGGUGGGCCAGUUGGUCCGGCGGCUGUGCCGUCAGCAGUUGCUUCUGCUACCCAGCCUCGGGGUCAGCAUCAGCAGCCGCGACAGCAGCAGCAGCAGCAGCGCAGAGGUGGUUCGAGUUUCAGUUCUGGUUCUGGCAGGGGCGGUUUGCCUGCGCAGGGUCAGAAGAGGAGUAGAGAGGAGUUUUCUGAGAGAGUCAGCACCGAGAUGUGCUACUACUGCAAGGAGCCUGGGCAUAUCAAGCCCAUGUGUCCUAAGUUGCGGAGUAUGUCGGUGGCUUCGGUUCAGCCAGUAGCGGCUCAGCCAGUGAGUCAGAUCGCAGCAGUGCAGCCGUUGGGUCAGAUUGCACCGGCGUCGCGGGGUUACUCUUCGGUGGAGACUGGCGGGACUAGUCAGACCGGACAGAUCACAGGGACCUUGUUAGUGGGCGGUUUUGAGUCCCACGUUUUAUUCGACUCUGGAGCAUCGAAUUGCUUCAUUACACCGGAGCGUGCCGAGAAGAGUGGCAUCCGGAGUAGCGCGGGCGAGAGCGCGGGCAUGGUCAAGGUGGCGGGAGGUGGAUUCUUGUCUACUUUGGGCCGUGCUAGAGGAGUCGAGAUCGAGAUUGCGGGGCAGUCAAUGCCAGCAGACUUAGUCAUCAGUCCGGUGGAGCUGUAUGACGUUAUUCUCGGGAUGGACUGGUUGUCACACUACAGAGUUCAUCUGGAUUGCUACAGAGGUAGAGUGGUCUUCGAGCGAGAUGCAGGGAGGUUGGUUUAUCAGGGAGUGAGACCGACUUCCGGGAGUAUUGUGAUAUCUGCUAUUCAGGCCGAGCAGUUGUUAGAGCGGGGCUGUGAGGCGUAUCUGGCGACGAUUUCUAUGUCUGAGUCAGGAGCUGGAGUUGUUAUGGGAGAUAUUGAGGUUGUCCAGGAUUUUGAGGAUGUCUUUCAGUCACUGAAGGGAUUACCACCAUCUCGGUCUGAUCCUUUCACGAUUGAGUUAGAGCCGGGGACAGCACCGAUAUCGAAGACGCCUUACAGGAUGGCGCCAGCUGAGUUGGCAGAGCUGAAGAAGCAGAUAGAGGACCUUUUGUCUAAGGGGUUCAUUCGACCGAGUGUUUCACCGUGGGGAGCACCGGUGUUGUUUGUGAAGAAGAAGGAUGGCAGUUUCAGACUUUGUAUCGAUUACAGAGGUCUUAACCGAGUCACUGUGAAGAACAGGUACCCACUCCCGAGGAUUGAUGAGUUGUUGGAUCAGUUGAGGGGUGCUACUUGGUUCUCCAAGAUUGACUUGGCAUCGGGGUAUCAUCAGAUCCCGAUAGAUGAGGCAGAUGUCAGGAAGACUGCUUUCAGGACGCGUUAUGGGCAUUUUGAGUUUGUGGUUAUGCCUUUCGGUUUGACUAACGCGCCGGCAGCCUUCAUGAGAUUGAUGAACGACGAGGAGCAUGCGACUCACUUGAGGUUGGUUCUGGAGAAGCUUCGGGAGCAGAAGCUUUUCGCUAAGUUGAGCAAGUGCAGUUUCUGGCAGCGAGAGAUGGGAUUUCUUGGCCACAUUGUUUCUGCAGAGGGAGUUUCUGUGGAUCCGGCUAAGAUUGAGGCUAUCAGAGAUUGGCCUAGACCUAGUAGUGCCACCGAGAUCAGGAGUUUUCUGGGUUUGGCAGGAUACUACAGGAGGUUCGUCAAGGGGUUUGCUACCAUGGCGCAGCCGAUGACGAAGUUGACCGGGAAGGAUGUCCCUUUUAUUUGGUCAGCUGAGUGUGAGGAGAGCUUUAGUCAGCUCAAGGAGAUGUUGACUACUACACCAGUGUUGGCGUUACCCGAGCCAGGGAAGCCUUACAUGGUGUAUACAGAUGCUUCAGGCAUUGGUCUUGGUUGUGUGCUGAUGCAGGAGGGCAGAGUGAUAGCAUAUGCUUCGAGACAGUGGCAGGGCAGUGAGCGUAACCGUCCUACACAUGACUUAGAGUUGGGAGCAGUGAUCUUCGCGUUGAAGAUUUGGAGGUCUUACUUGCUAGGUGAGACAGUACAGGUCUUCACGGAUCACAAGAGUUUGCAGCAUAUCUUCACUCAGCCGAUGAUGAACGCGAGACAGACGCGCUGGGUUGAGUUCUUGGCGGAUUAUCAGGUGAGCAUUAACUACCAUCCGGGCAAGGCUAACCUAGUGGCGGACGCGUUGAGUAGACGGAGGUAUGAUUCCGCAGUUGAGCGAGAUGUGGAGUCUCUAGUUGGCGAGAUCAGUACCUUGCGUUUGUGUGCCAUUUCGCAUGAGCCUUUGGGUUUAGAGGCAGUGGAUCAGGCGGAUCUACUUAGCAGGAUCAGAGUUGCUCAGCAGAGUGAUCAGAGUUUGCUAGAUGCGACGAGAGUGACUGGUUCUGAGUAUGAGGUCUCUGCGAAUGGGACUAUCUUGGUUCGUGGGCGAGUUUGUGUGCCUAAGGAUGUGGAGUUGAGACAUCAGAUUUUGGGAGAGGCUCACGCGAGCAAGUUUUCCAUUCAUCCGGGAGCGACCAAGAUGUACCAUGACCUCAAGAGGUACUAUCAUUGGGUCGGGAUGAAGAGGGAUGUAGCAGAUGGGUUGCGAAGUGCAACACUUGUGCCUUGGUGA